GCACAUCCAGUCUCCGUGCUUAAGCGUCUUGGUCCGCAGCUUUUCGUCUUCUUCCAGUUUGCACACCGUUCUCCUCUCGUCACACAAGCUCAUUCGCCAUGAGUUCCGGCAAGACGCUGGCCCUGGGCGGCGAGCGCGUCUCCGGUAAUGACGUGCGACAGCAGAACGUGACGGCUGCGGUGGCCGUGGCCAAUGUCGUCAAAAGCUCCCUGGGCCCUGUGGGUCUGGACAAGAUGCUGGUCGAUGAUGUCGGGGAUGUGACCGUGACCAACGAUGGUGCUACCAUUGUGCAGAUGCUCGAGGUCGAGCACCCGGCUGGCAAGGUUCUCGUCGAGCUGGCUCAGCUUCAGGAUCAGGAGGUUGGCGAUGGCACGACCAGUGUCGUUAUUGUUGCCGCAGAGCUGCUCAAGGGCGCUGAUCAAUUGGUGCGCGAAAAGAUUCAUCCCACCUCAAUUAUCAGUGGCUUCCGCCUGGCCAGCAAGGAGGCCAUCCGGUAUAUUCAGGACCAUCUCAUCAUCAACACUGACGAUCUGGGCCGUGAGGUUCUGCUCAACGCAGCGCGCACCUCGAUGAGCUCCAAGAUUAUCGGCGCUGAGUCGGACUUUUUCUCCAACAUGGCUGUCAACGCCAUGAUGGCAGUCAAGCGCACAGGAUCACGCGGUGAUGCCAAGUACCCGGUCAAGGCGGUCAACAUCCUCAAGGCGCACGGUGGUAGCGCUAAGGAGUCGCGCCUUAUUGAUGGCUACGCCCUCAACUGCACCAUUGCUUCCCAGGCCAUGCCCAAGCGCGUGGAGAAUGCCAAGAUUGCGUGCCUCGACUUUGAUUUGCGCAAGGCGCGCAUGAAAAUGGGCGUUCACGUUUUGGUCAACGACCCGGAGAAGCUGGAUGCUAUCCGCCAGCGUGAGGCGGACAUGACCAAGGAGCGCAUCCAGAAGAUUCUGUCCACUGGUGCCAACGUCAUCCUGACCACGCAGGGCAUUGAUGAUCUCAACCUCAAGUACUUGGUGGAGGCUGGCUGCAUGGGCGUGCGUCGUGUGGCUAAGGAUGAUCUCAAGCGCAUCGCGCGGGCCACUGGUGGCUCCAUCGUUAUGACCAUGGCUAACAUGGAGGGUGACGAGGUGUUUGACGCCUCGAGCCUGGGACAGGCCGAGCUUGUGGAACAGGAGCGUGUGUGUGAUGACGAGUUGAUUGUGAUCAGCCGACCCAAGGCCAAGUCUUCGGCCUCCAUCAUCCUGCGCGGCGCCAAUCUGUUCAUGCUUGAUGAGAUGGAACGUGCAGUGCACGAUGCUCUUUGCGUGGUCAAGCGCGUUUUGGAACACAAGAAAGUGGUGCCGGGCGGUGGUGCCGUCGAGGCCGCCCUCUCCAUCUACCUUGAGAACUACGCCACCUCCCUUUCCUCUCGCGAGCAGCUGGCUAUUGCUGAGUUUGCCAAGGCCCUGCUGGUCAUUCCCAAGACGCUGGCCGUCAAUGCUGCCUGUGAUGCCACCGAACUGGUGGCCAAGCUGCGUGCCGUGCACAACAUGUCUCAGACCCAAGAGGAUAAGGCAGAUUUGAAGUGGGUGGGUCUGGACUUGACCAAGAACCAGGUCCGUGACAGCUUGAAGAAUGGUGUGCUUGAGCCCGCCAUUUCCAAGAUCAACAGCAUCAAGUAUGCGACCGAGGCCGCCAUUACGAUAUUGCGUAUUGAUGACAUGAUCAAGAUUGCACCGCGUCAGGAGGAUCCCAACUCUUACCACAACGCCGUGGCCAGUGGCCAGCUGAACGGUUAA